AUGUUGGGGCUCCUCACGGUUGUCGUCGACUAUUUCGCGCCCCUUUUUCUCGUUGCGUCUCCCGUCACGUCUUACGCCGACCAGAUAGCGUCCAUCCAUCGCAAGAAGUCGAGCGAUGGCUUUUCCCUCGAUAUCCCUCUCAUCAUGCUGGUGGCGUCGAUCCUCAAGGUGUUCUACUGGUUUGGCGCUUACUACGACAAGGCCCUACUAUUGCAGGCCGCGCUUAUGAUUGUGGUCCAACUUAUACUGUUGAAGGUGGCUCUGGACAACAGGGCGCCUACAGGAGCAAGAGACGGGCCGGAACAUACACCCUUCCAUGGCUAUACGGCUGAAGACGGCCUGAGAGAUCUGCUGUCCGGUCGGCGGCCAUAUGACUUCUGGCAAUGGUCCAACCCGAAGUCAUACUUUCAGUUUCUGGGAUAUUUCGCUUCCGGACUUCUCGUCAUCCACGUCUUACUUCCUUUUGUGUCUAGAUCGCCCGCAUACAUAUCCUUUCUGGGGUAUUUCGGUCUGACCGUGGAGGCGAUCCUGCCGGUGCCUCAGAUUAUCCAAAACCAUCGAGCGCGCUCUUGCAAGGGCUUCCGGCUGUCGGUCAUCGCCAACUGGCUCGCGGGCGAUGCCAUGAAGAUGAGCUACUUCUUUCUCAGCAGCGAGUAUGUCCCGUGGCCAUUCCGACUAUGCGGCAUGUUCCAGGCCUGCUGUGACUGUUAUCUUGGAUUCCAAUAUUACAUGUAUGGCGAAGGGCCAGUGGGGGUCGAUAUCCCGAUGAGCACCACCGGCAAACCUGGGUUGUUUGGUUGA